GCAAAUUUUUAGCACGGAAGUUUGACUACCUUGGUUAUAUUUUCUCAGCCAUUAUGAAAACUCGACUAACCUGAGAUUUAACGCAGUAGCAAUUUCUUUAUAAUUACGACUGUGGACAUUUUGCUGUAAGUACGCGAAGACUGUGAAAUCUGAAGAUCUUUUUGAGGUUAUACGUACCAGGACAAAAUGAAGAGAUCUCGAAAGGAUGAUGAAGAGAACGAGGAACGACAUCGCAAGCGCAGAGAUCGCAAACGCGACGACGAUCUCAGAGAAUCCAGGCACAAUGGUGAUGAUCACAAAAGUUCCAGGUACAGCGAUGAUCACAGAAGUUCGAGGCGCGACGAGCACCGGAGUUCCAGACGCGACGAGGAUCACCGGAGUUCCAGGCGCGACGAGGAUCACCGGAGUUCCAAGCGCAAUGACGAGCAUCAGGGCUCUCGACGUGACGGUGAAUAUCGGAGCUCCAGACACAACGGUACCAGGAAGCACAGGGACGACGAUUACAGGGAGUCCAGAGACAGCGAGGAUGAGAAGCACGAGGCGCGCAAAUCACCGGAGGAACAGAUAGGCACCAGGUAUUACGGCGAGCCGGAUACACCGCAGGUCAAGCAGAAGCGAGCGGUGGACCUGCUGACUUCGAGGACCGGCGGAGCCUACAUCCCACCUGCAAAAUUACGUAUGCUCCAGGCAGAGAUCACCGACAAGUCAGGUGCGGCGUAUCAGCGCAUCGCAUGGGAAGCAUUGAAGAAAUCAAUCCACGGUUACAUCAAUAAGGUUAACACCAGCAAUAUAGGGAUCAUAACGAGAGAGCUGCUGCGUGAGAACAUUGUCCGCGGCCGAGGCCUACUGGCACGAUCCAUCAUCCAAGCACAGGCAGCCUCACCGACGUUCACACCGGUUUACGCAGCAUUGACAGCUAUAAUUAACUCCAAGUUCCCACACAUAGGUGAGCUGGUGCUGAAACGUCUGAUUUUACUGUUCAAACGAGGCUUCAAGAGGAACGACAAGCCGCUCUGCAUUUCUGCAGGGACAUUUAUAGCACAUCUGGUCAAUCAACGGGUGGCCUACGAGAUCAUAACUCUGGAGAUCUUGACUCUGUUACUAGAAACACCGACGGACGAUUCCGUCGAGGUAGCCAUAGCGUUCCUCAAGGAAUGUGGCAUGAAAUUGACGGAGGUCUCACGGAAGGGUAUCGAGGCCAUCUUCGAGAUGCUGAGGAAUAUCCUGCACGAAGGGCAACUGGACAAGCGAGUACAGUACAUGAUUGAAGUCAUGUUCCAGAUCAGGAAGGACGGAUUCAAGGACCAUGAGGCUGUUCCGGAAGAGUUGGAUCUCGUGGAAGAAGAGAAUCAGUUUACUCACAUGAUAAGAUUGGAUGAGGAGAAAUUGGAGGCGGAGGACAUACUGAACGUGUUUAAGUUCGAGGCGGAUUACCUUGCUAACGAGGAGAAGUACAAAGAGUUGAGCAAGGAAAUUCUUGGCUCGGACGACAGUGAUUCGGAGGGUGAUGACGAGGACGGCGAGGAGGAAAGUUCAGAGGAAGACAGCGGCAUGGAACAGGCUGAAGGAAAGGAAGCCGUGAUAACCGAUAACACGGAAACAAAUCUAACUGCUCUACGACGAACCAUAUACCUGACGAUACAUUCGUCUCUUGACUUCGAAGAGUGCGCGCACAAGCUGAUGAAGAUGCAACUGAAACCCGGUCAGGAAAUCGAGCUCUGUCACAUGUUUCUGGACUGUUGCGCGGAGAUGCGCACGUACGAGAAGUUCUUCGGUCUCCUGGCUGGCCGAUUCUGCGCCAUCAAUAAGAUAUACGUGACGCCUUUCGAGCAGAUCUUCAAAGACUCUUAUCACACGAUACACCGUCUCGAUACCAACAAGCUGCGUAACGUGUCGAAAUUCUUCGCGCAUCUGUUGUUUACAGACUCCAUAUCGUGGAACGUACUAUCGUGUAUAAAAUUGAACGAGGAGGACACUACUAGUUCCAACAGGAUAUUCAUCAAGAUUCUGUUUCAGGAACUAUCCGAGUACAUGGGUUUGGCAAAAUUGAAUGAACGACUGAAGGAUGUGACGUUGCAGGAAGCGUUUGAGGGUCUGUUCCCCAGAGACGAUCCAAAGAAUACACGUUUCGCGAUCAACUUUUUCACUUCAAUCGGUUUAGGAGGCUUGACGGAUGACCUGAGAGAACACCUGAAAUCACAUCCGAAACCAACGAUUGUACCAGCGUUAAGCAACAGCAAGGAAGAUGAGCUUUCAAGUUCCGAUGAAUCUGUUUCCUCAUCCAGUUCAUCUAGUUCUUCCACAACUGAAUCUUCAUCAUCGUCAUCGUCAUCGGAGGAUGAAGUUCCGACAAAGAAGAAGAGUAAACAGAAAGAGAAGAGAUCGAAAUUAAAGAAGAAGGAAGAAAAGCAUAAGAAAACACAGAAAAAACGGAAAAGAAGUAAAACGGCAAAAAAGGGCAAAUAAGAUAGAUAUAAGUUAAAUAAUAUAGGUAUAUCAAUUUUUUUAUUAUUUCAGUGAUAAGUAAUCUAUCAUACUUCCUGGAAAUAUUUUAUUACAUGUUCAGCAACAAGAAAGAAAUAAUAAAUAAAUAUAAUAUUUAUUAUUUAUUAUCUUUUGUGUACAUCAUUUAUUGCUUUAUAAAACUUAUUAAGAUUUCUUAAUACUUUAUGUUUAUUUACUUAGACAAAUUGUAUUUCUAUCAAUAAUGCUAACAUAGAAAGAAAAUAUAUUUUGUAAUAUAGAA